CGGUAGGCAGCAGUGCACUCUCUGCGGAGGUAUUCGACUGACUGUCUAGGCUAUUGUAACAGUUGCGUACACUGUCGUACACACAACAUACUCAGCCACGCAAAGAGCUCUGACCUAUCAGCAACUGGACCUUGCCACUAUCAGAAAGACAACGUACGUUGCCAACCGCCUGGUGGUCUCAUCAUGCGUCUUGUGGCUGCUGACUGCAGGAUGGAACAUGAUUAUGGUAGCCAGAAGACCGAACUGUCUGGGCAGUCAGCUAGAAGGCCAGGCUUGGGAGGCUGGCAUCACUUGUCUUGUCAGCCGCAUAGGCAUGGCUCUGGCUAUAAUUGCACUGUAAGUGUCGAUCCGACUCCACUUCCAACAGUUGGCUAAUUGAUGCACAGCGUCGCUUCAUUUACACUGUUUGGACUGAUGGCUGCUGUGCGGCGUCCGUUCGAAGCUCACCUAUUCGCGUAUGGUCACCGCCAAACCAGUACCGAGCCGACACCACCCACUUCUCGAAGGCUAUCUGAGGACCAUACCGCGACUGAAAAAUUGGUCCCGGGAAUGGGUAUGACCGCCUACAAUCACACCAGAAGCACUUCAAACUUCACGAAUGCGGACGUCGAGACCCUGGACUUGAAUGCCAGCAGUCGUCCACCUUCCAUCUACGACUCACCAACACGUGACCGGAUCGGUGUCUUCACUUCACCUUUCGUUCCCCCACCACUUCCGCCAGCAUUCAUGAUAUCAGUCGAGAACUCGACUGCAUCUCAACGCCCAACUCUAGACCCCUUCGCUCACCGCCGCCGCAUUUCCCUUACCCCACGUACAGACGCACUCCUCGCACCAGCAGCGUAUGUCCCGCACUCAAUUCCCAUCGAAUAUUCUGCAUCAGCUCAGCGCGCCGUCUUCCCUGAUGCCGCAGCCCCUUACCGCUCCAUCAACACAUCGCGCUCGCAACCGCAGUUGCGCAGCAUGAGCAACUUCACAAACCGGCACCGAUACAGUCGCUCUUCGAUUUCGCUUUCACGUCCGCACCGCCUUAGUUCGCUCACGCCAGUAUCACAUCUGGAGUGCAGCAGUCGCAGCGAUACACUGAAUUCAUCCGGUGGUAUCAGCGAAACUGGCGAGAGUCCGAACUCGAAGUCUGGCGUGGGCAAAGACAAGAGGGCCAGUGCGACAGAAAUCGUGUAUGCAAUCAAUAACAACACCGCGAUUCCUGGCACCGAGCAGCUGAGCCCUAGAAAACAUUGGCGUACGGUCAGUGCGCCAGAUGCCAACGCUGGUGCUCAGCAAGCUAAGACUGGGUCCGAUGAGCGUAUGGCGAUGGGAUGGAAACCAACACUUUCCAACUCCAAAUCUUCUACCUUACUGCGGAAGCCUCUGCCUAUUGCGUUCAAUAAACUUGUUCGCUCGGCAAGUGCCGAAUUGUUAGGUCGCUUUGGGCCAGUUGCAAGCGAUGAUGUGGUUGAUAAGAUGGUUGAGUUCAAGUGGAAGAGAGAAUUUGAGCGCGAAAUUGAGGACCGAUUGAAUGACCUACAUGUUCUUCCAUUCCCCGACGAAGAAGGCGAUGAAGAGAGGAAGAGUAUUAGUAUUGACGCGGAUACCCUGAGAGGCAGCUACGAGAGGAACAGUCUGGAGGAUGAGAUGAGGUUCGAGGAUGCGAAAGAGGUUCUCAAUACUGGCACUAGGCCGGUGAGUCGGGAUAUCGCACUCGUUUAGCAACCAUAGCAUAGUAUAUGCCAUUAAAGCGUUAUAGUUGUAAUACAUAGAUACGCAGAUCGUAGUCUACAUUCACA